AUGGGGCCAAACAGCCAGGAAUCGGCCGCGAAUGUUCCUAUGCCGCUGUUCUCGACGGAAGUGUUCCCGCAAGAGUCAACGCCUGGAAACACCACCACACAGACUGCUUCGCAGGACUCACACCGCAACAGUGGACUCAUUGGCGACACAUCCAACAAAGAGUUUUUGUCGUUCUCACCAAGAAAGUUCUCCAUUGGAACGGCUUGCACAAGCUCGAGUUCUUCUGGGUUCUGUUAUGCUGGAGCCACAGCCAUUAUUCCACAGCCAGAUGAUCCACCAGCUGAAGAUGAGAUUUGGGAGGAGUACAACGAUCUCCUGGGUGAUGAUUCGGAGCGCCUGAGACGAUCCACAACAUCUUCGCGAGGUACCCCGUUCCAUCUGGAAACCUACCAGGAAAGGCUCGGUAGAGGUAUUCAGCUAGAAUCUCCGGUUGUCGCAGAGAGAAAGGUCUCUAUGCUCUCCGACCUGUCACGAUCAAGCUACUGCAGUGCCGACAUGACUGAGAGGCUCAAGGCAGCGUUUCAGCCACAUGCCUCUUCCCUACGCGCUGGUGACGAAGGCCUAUGGAUGAGGCGAAGGAGUGCCGAGCCCACGGGCUCGCGGCGCCAUAGCUCUGGAUCUGCCAAGACUCGGUUUUCUGGUAGCAGUUCCAGCUCCUUCGACUACAACUCACCGUUGGCGCAAGUUAACCUUCGCGUUGGCUCCAUGACGGUCAGCAAAUGGCUCACGUUUGGGCAUGUGCUUUUCAGUGACUUGCGUCAUGAGUUGAUUGCGGACAGACUAGACUCAACUUCUCCAGUGUCCCGCCACUCUAUCUUGGUACUUGAUGGUCUUGGAAACGACGACUGGUCCUUUUAUGUUGCUGAGACAUAUCCAAAGGCCAACUUCUACAACCUCUCUCCUCGAGCUCCACUGGCCGAGAACACUAAGAAGGGGGAAUCAAGCGCUCUUCUUAGCCCGCCAAAUCACCACCAAGUCCAGUACAUCGAUCAUCUAGCCAAGUUCCCGUUUGCUCCCCAAAGCUUCGACUCUGUUGUGUACCGCUUCCCUGUCGCAGCGCCCGAGUCGCACUACCGCAACAUAAUUGCCGAGGCACGGCGCGUGUUGAAGCCAGGGGGGUUUCUCGAGCUUGCCAUUCUUGAUCUGGACCUGAACAACAUGGGCAACAGAGGUCGUCGCGCGAUUCGGACGCUGAAGGAAAUGAUCCACGAGCAGUCGCCUGGUACGAGUCUCGCAUCUGCAGCCGAUAUUCUCGUCAAGCUGCUGGGCAAGGGCGGCUUCUCGGCGAUCCGAGCAGCCAAGGUGGGAGUCCCCGUGGCAAGCUCCAUCACGCAGCCGAGGAACAGCAGUGGCUCGAGCAAGAAGCCACCGCCGCAAGCCCAGGCUAGCCUGUCGGAUAUGAUGAAGGAGAAUGGCCCGGCGGCGGACGCCAACAUUACCAAGAUGGUGACCCGCGUGGGCCGUUGGUGGUACACGCGCUGCUACGAGAAUGCAGCCGGCGCCAAGGAGGGGCGCAAGGGUAUAUGGGACGACAAGGCACUCUUGAACGAGUGCCAGGAGCUCGGCACCAGCCUGAAGCUCACCGUUUGCUGCGCUCGAGCGCCGGCAGACCGGGUGACCAGCUUGUAG